AUGACGCUCGUCAAGAAGGCUCCCGAGACUACAGUCGGGACAUCUCAAACUAUAAACACCAACGGAAGCGGAAAUCCAACAUCCACGACCAACGGCCAUCAUGAACCAUUUACUUGCAAGGAUACACCGAUCGAAAAUCAAAGACCACUCAAGAUCCGGGUCAUCGGCGCUGGAUAUUCUGGUGUCUACCUUGGUAUCAGAAUUCCACAGCGUUUGCGCAACAUUGACCUCAAGAUUUAUGAUAAGAAUGAUGGUGUUGGGGGAACUUGGUGGGAGAACCGUUAUCCAGGUUGUGCCUGCGAUAUUCCAUCUCACUCUUAUCAAUAUGCCUUUGCUUCUAACAAGGCUUGGUCAGGCUUUUACGCCCCAUCACACGAAAUCUGUGACUAUAUCAACGGUGUCGCAGAAAAGUACGGAGCCAAGCGCUUCAUUCAUCUGCAACACAAAGUAACCAGUGCCAUUUGGGAUGACACGAAGAAGAAAUGGACUGUCACUGUCCAGCCAAGUGUAGGAAACGCUUUUACCGAAGAGGCUGACAUCGUUAUUUCCGCACGGGGCGGUCUCAACGAUUAUAAGUGGCCUGACAUUCCUGGCUUCGACAAGUUCAAAGGAAAGAAGAUGCACUCAGCGGCCUGGGACCAGGAAUACGACUUUACGAACAAGAAGAUCGGCAUUAUUGGUGGUGGAUCUAGUUCCAUCCAGAUCGUUCCUAAACUGCAAAAGAUUGAGGGGGCUCAACUAAGCGUCUUCGUUCGUAGCAAAGUAUGGAUCUCGAACCGUUUCGGCGAACAGACCAUGAAGGGGCUGGGCUGGGAUCCUUCUGAGAUCAACAUGACACCUGAGCGUUUGGAAGAAUUCGCCAAGAGCGACGACACGUAUCUCGACUUCCGCAAGCGAGUCGAGGCCGACGGCAACAUGGUUCAUGCUUCAACUCUGAAAGAUUCGGAAAUGCAACAGCAUUUUGUCGCCACGUUCAAAGAAAGUGCCAAGCAAGUCCUAGGUUCACGACCCGAUAUUCUCGAAUCAUUUUCACCAGAGUUUGGUGUGGGAUGUCGUCGCCUCACACCUGGACCAGGCUAUCUCGAGGCCCUGGUGCAGCCAAACGUGGACUUCGUUACACAGCGUAUCGACAGCAUUAACGAGACUGGCGUGAAACUGACUGGCCCCGAAGGUCGACAAGUCGAAAUUGACGUCCUGGUUUGCGCAACAGGUUUCAACACCACCCACCAACCCCCCUUUCCUGUCGUUGGCAAACAUGGAAUCUCGCUGCAGGAGAAGUUCAAUCCGAUCCCCGAGUCUUAUCUCACAUUGGCAGUGGACGACUUCCCCAACUACUUCAUGAUGCUCGGCCCUAAUUCGGCGCUCGGAUCGGGGUCUCUGACGGCUCUCAUCGAAGCUCAAGGUGACUACAUCAUCAAGUGCAUCCGUAAGCUCCAAAAGGAAGACUACGUUACCAUGGCGCCGAAACGAGCUCGCGUCAAGGACUUUUCAGAAUAUAUCCAAGAGUACUUCAAGAAGACCGUUUACAUGGAUAGCUGCAAGUCAUGGUAUAAGGCUGGGGACGGGCUUGGUGAUAGGGUAUCGGCUCUUUGGCCUGGUAGCGUCAUGCACGCGCUCGAGACAUUGAGGGCGCCAAGAUGGGAAGAUUUCGAAUUUGAAUCUCUAUAUGAGAAUAAGCUUGCAUGGUUAGGUAAUGGAUGGAGUUUGUGUGUCAUGGAGGAGGAGGAACAAGGUGAUCCAAGUUGGUACGUCAACAAGGAUGUAGUGGAUGUGCCGCCCGAGGGAAAACCUGAGACGGAUCCAAAGUACAUGGCAAGACCGUUCUCUCACUGA